AUGACUCGAAUAACAGCGGAUCCGACAGAAAUCUUGGACCGACUCAAGCAAUACUCUUGUCGUGUGUUCUCAUCGGACGUCAAAAGGCAAGAAAAGACAGAACUGAACAAAGAUUUGUGGAAAUACUUGGGAGAAGUGGUUCCCAAUAUGUGUACACAAGUGUUGGCAAUACUGAGUGGUGAGUCAAACGUCGUGAACGUGUCGUCGCCGGCCUAUGUGUUGGGCGAUCUUCACGGAAAUCUUGAGGACAUCUAUGAAGACGACCAGAAGAUGUGUCACUCAUCCGAUCCUCAAAUAUCUGGAGCUAAUUAUGUGUUUUUGGGUGACUUUGUUGACAGAGGAAAGUACUCUAUUGAGGUAACGGUAUAUUUGUUUGCUUUAAAGAUGACCGACAAAAGCAAAUAUGUAUUGAUUCGCGGCAAUCAUGAGGUCAGGUCAGUGAACAAAGAGUUUACAUUUUUCAGGGAAUGUGUCCACAAAUUUGGCCGUCAAUUGGGUCGACAAAUAUGGGAUGCGAUCAACAAGUGCUUUGAAAGCCUGCCAUUGGUUGCCGUCAUUGACAAUACAGUCUUCUGUUGUCACGGAGGUAUUCCUCAAUGCAAACCACUCGUCAAACUCGAAGAGAUCAACAAAUGGCCGAAACCAAUGGUCGAUCCUUACGAAGAGUGUAUGGCCGCACACGAACUCCUGUGGAACGAUCCGAUAGAGUCGAUGACCACUUUCGAUGCCACGAAUACAGAGUCCACUCUCAGACAGAAGAAAAUCUUGUUUGUGAAGAACAGAAGCCGAUCCACAGGCUAUUACUAUACGGCCGAAGCCGUCAACAGGUUUCUCAACAAUAUUCAUAUGUCUCAUAUGAUCCGCGCACACGAGUGUAUUAAACAUGGAUUCAGAUGGUCUUCAAACAAAAGAGUCGUCACUGUCUUCUCUUCGAGUAAUUACUGCGACAAAGAAAACACCACUUCUUGUGCUAAAGUCAUUGGAAAAGAGAUCACACAAAUCACACUCAAAGAUCCCAAAGAACCUAAAGAUGACAGCAUUAGAGACACCAACAUUGAAAAUACCAGAACCGACAUCUCUGUCAACACCAAUGCAAACACCAGUAGUCAGUCAAACAAUCCCAACACCAGUUCGGCCAACAAUACGGCAAACACUACGCCUUAA